AAUGUAAUCUGUUUAUCGGUACAUAAUUUAGAAAUUGUUUUAACUGCUUCGUGUCGGAUAAACAAUACUAUUUAAGAAAUUAAAAUAAAUACAAUUAUUUUAACUAUCAGUAGCCGUCUUUCAAAAUCUUUAAUUAAAAAAAGCAGAACAUUUUCUUCAUUAUUUUCUCCAUGCCUUUACAAUAUGUUGGUUUCUCCCGCACUUGAACAUUUCUGACCACUAAUUACAUUUAUAUGUACGAAAAAUAUCGUAUUAGUAUUUAUUUGAAACGCCUAAGUAAAAUUUAUGGCACCAAAAAUUCCUUAACACAAUACAUUAACCAUUUUUUACUUUGAAGAAUUCCCCUUGAUGUGUUUGGAAUAAUGGCUUUUGUAAGUUCUCUGAAGUAUCUUUUAACAUGUGGCCCUGCACUUAAAAGAUAAGAUUCUGAAGUAACAUUUUAAAUCACUACACGAUUGGCUGCUUAUGGGUGUGUUGAGGGGAAAAGGGGGGGGGGGGGGGAAGGGAGAGAUAGGGUGGUCAGUGUUUUUAGUGGAACAGGUUGAAGGGGAGGGGGGUUGAGAGGUUCUAGACAAUCAUCCUGCAGCCUACAUCUAUAAACACUCAGGUGGUGUGUUGUUUCCCUGGCUUGAGGGCAACUUUCACUCAAGUUAGGAAUGUUGAAAUUCUCUGAAAUGGGACAUAGCUGUAAAUAUUAUUGAGGUUGUGUAUAAAUAUUGUGGGCCGAGAGCAAACUUACCUUUACGUCUGCUGUUCAACUCGGGUAGCAAGCUGCAGGAACGACCAUGGAGAAAUUAUCAUCAGUAUUACUGGGACCUGUGAUUUUAUCACUGGUUCUCACCAAUUUCUUAGUUCGAGCUCAGUUUGCAAGUCCGCCGAAACCAGCUGGCCGGAUUUUGGAGCCACCAGUUCCCACGCUGUGUGCACAAAGGGUGAUCCACGAGAAGUUGGACGGGAAGGGCUACUUCUACUCGUGGAAGGACGCUCGCACCGCGGGCAUGGAAGUGGACUGGCUCGGCGGGCGCAACUUCUGCCGCAAGCGCUGCAUGGACCUGGUGAGCCUGGAGACGAGCACCGAGAACGACUUCAUCAAGAGGCGCAUCGUCGAAGGAAACGUGAAGUACGUGUGGACGAGCGGGCGGCUGUGCGACUUCAACGGCUGUGACCGCCCGGACCUGCAGCCCCUCCCUGUGAACGGCUGGUUCUGGACGGCAGAUCUGCGCAAACUGUCUCCGACGACGGACCGCGCUCAGAACGACUGGAGCGAGUCCGGAGGGCUGAAGCUGCCGCAGCCGGACAACCGCGAGGCCCAGCAGGGCGGCGCGCCGGAGAGCUGCCUGGCCAUGCUCAACAACUUCUACGGCGACGGCGUGCACUGGCACGACGUGGCCUGCCACCACCGCAAGCCCUUCGUGUGCGAGGAGAAUGACGCCCUGCUGCAGUACGUGCGCUACAUCACACCCGGCCUGCGUGUGUAGCCGGGGGUCUCCCCCCCCCUCGCCCCUCACACCCCUCAGAGACAGCGAGCACUUUCCAGGAAUCAACACCACUGCUGCAAAUGAAUGCUCGAGUGUCGCCAGAGAGGAUUCGUUAAAUUGUGGAUCUGCAGGUUCCACGGGCUCAUGACGUGUUAAAAAAGUUAUAAAAGAAUGUUAACAGAUUUUACAACUAUGUAGAUGAUUAAAAAAAAUUUUGUACCCAAA